UACCAGUUCAUCAUGCCAGAACCAAUUGAAAACUUGAGAAACACGAACCGAACCUUACGUAUCUUAGAAGAUGCUGUCAAGGGUAACUAUGGGGUCUUAGCAGCAAUAUGCUACAAUAUCGAACAUCUCACAGCCAUAGUCAAAGCAGCCGAAGCAAAACGAUCCCCACUGGUUCUCCUUCUAUUCCCCUCUACCCUGAGACAGCUACCAACUCUAGCCUGGGCAGCAUCUGCGGCUAUCAAAUCAGCGACCGUACCGCUCUCUCUUCAUCUUGAUCAUGCACAAGAUGUUUCACAGAUCGAAGAGGUCGUGAAAACUUUACCUUUUGACUCUAUCAUGGUUGAUAUGAGCCAUUACGAUCAUGAGGAAAAUCUUGCUAAGACUACUGCAUUGACGAAGUUGUGUCAUAAGCGGGGUAUUGCUGUCGAGGCAGAGAGUGGACGGAUCAAUGGGGGGGAAGAUGGCAUUGCUGAUACUGAUGAUCUUGAAGCCUUAUUCACUUCUCCCGAGGAGGCAGAAAACUUCCUCAAAGCAGGUAUAGACAUCCUGGCCCCGAGCGUCGGCAAUAUUCACGGUGAUUAUGGCCCCAAAGGACCGGACCUCGACCUUGCCAGACUCUCAUCCAUUGAUAAACAGAUCCGUGGGCAUGCAUUCAUGGCACUUCACGGGACAAAUGACUUCACUGCUCAGAUCAUGCAAGACUGUAUCAAAGCUGGAGCCGUGAAGCUCAAUGUCAACAAAUUGCUCUUGGAGGUCUGGCAUGCCCACUUAAAGGAGAAUGCACAUAAACCUUUCAUGCAGCGUGUAGAUGAAGGGAUAGAGAUACUACAGGCCGAGGUUGAGAGAUGGAUAGAUAUUUGUGGAAGUACUGGCAAGGCAUAGUCAAGCUCAUGAGGCCCGACACCUGGAAAUUGCAGAAUGCUUAGCAGUCCAGGACAAGUUCCUCAUGAUGACUCUUUCAGUGGUUCGAUGUUGGGGUAAAUAAACUAGUAAACCAUUUUCUAUUUCUUUCUCAGAUGCCCCUUUCCGGAGAACUUUGG